UGUUGUCCUUCCGCUCUAUAUGCAGCAUAUAUUUUCAUUAGAUUACAUUUCUUCGUCAUCUUUGUGGCUCAUCAUGACAUGCCAUGUGGGUGUCGUGUCGACAUAAAGUCUAGAGAGAUACGAAAAAAAGUCCCAUGCUUGAUCCGUCAUCGCAAACAUCAGUGGUAUCGUGCAAUGAUCCAAAGGGGACGAUAUUGAACCCCCGGACAAAGCCUUAUAUGCAAUGCUUGAGCCCACAAGAACAAAAAAUGCGGAACAUAGCUAUGCUUGUUUACGCGCGUGUGGCCUAAAUUCAUGUCAGCAGCUGCAUACAAGAUGGAAUGCAGGGUAUAUGACUCACCUGAACCUGACCGUCAGAGAUUUGGCUCACAGGGCGGGCAGUGGAGGUGGUGCCCGGGGCCUGGAUUUGACCGUCGGAGAUUUGGCUAACGGGACGAGCGGAGCUUGUGCUCGACGCUGGGCGCGAGGAGCUGCUCACAGGUGUGCUCGAGGCCGGGCGAGAGCUGCUGCUGACUGGCGAAGACGACGCCGGGCGAGAGCUGGAGCUCACGGGCGAAGACGACGCUGGGCGAGAGCUGGAGCUCACGGGCGAAGACGACGCUGGGCGAGAGCUGGAGCUCACCGGCGAGGAUGACGCCGGGCGAGAAGAGCUGCUGAUUGGCGAUGAGCUGGCCGGGC